CACUUCUCCUCACUUGUCCAGGUGGUGACGGUUACCUCCCAGCCUGUUGCCCUGGACAACAGCGCCUGCCACAAGUCAGCAAUGGAGCUGUCUCUCUUCAUCAAUGAAGCUGACCAGCGCAGAAACAUGCUGAACCAGGGCAGGAGGAGCUCGCUCGUUGCCUGGGAGACAAGCCUGGAAGAUGUCCCGGAGGCUGAAGACCAUGAGGAGUGGGAGGAAGAGGAAGAGAGUGCGAUGGAGGGAACAGUGCUCGAGACUGGAGGGGAGGAGGAUGGGGACCAGACUAUGGAGGAGGAAGUGGGGAAGGAGGCGGCACUCCGUUUGGUUCUGGAGGCUCAAAUCAGAGAAGAAGUCAGCUCUGAGUUCAUGGAGCUGUUCAACAAGAUGGAAAAAGAUUACAGCGAGCGUCUGGAGAAGGAGAGGGAGAUCUUGGAGGAGCGCGCUGAGAAGAGGAUGGAGAUCCUAAAAAACCUUGUCAGUAAAACAGUCGACCUGACCACAUCCAGCAAUGAUGGCUGCAUGGAGGCAGCGGAUUUUGGGGGAAUCAUCAGCUCCAUGACUGAAGACCUGAAGAAGAUUAGAGAUGAUGCUCAGAGCGUCCAACAUUGUCUGUCUGAACAGACAGACGCUGCAGAGUUGGAGGCGCUGCGGUUAGAGAAGCUGCAGUCUCAUGAGCAGUUGCAGGAAGCCAUGAAGAGACCGGCCACCUGUACCUGUGGGAGGAGGACCAGAGAGGACCAGAUAGCAGGGGAGGAGAGGAAGGAGAGCUGUAAGCGCCAACGAGAUGACGCAGAGGGGCAGGGAGGAGGAGCAGUCAAGAAGAGAGUAGCCCUGGAAGAAGAAAUCUGGAGGCUGCAGGAGGAAGACGACAAGAAAGAUGAGACCAUCAGUGAGCUGAGGAGGGGGCUGGAGGAGCUGAAGAACGACAACCUGGAGUUGGAAAGGAAGGUUCAGGAGCUGACAGGUGCUGAUCUGGAUGAGUGUCUGAACUCUGUGCUUUCGUCUCUGGAGGUGGAGAAGAAGGAAACAGCCAGGCUACAGAAGGAGAACAAAGCUCUUGUGAAUGGCAUCUUCCAGCUGCAGACUGAGGUAACUGCCCUGCAGAUGCAGCUCAAACAGCAGACUGACACGUGCAACAGCCAGUCAAAGCAGCUAGACUUUACUAAGUUGCGCACUCAGUACCUGGAGAACCAAUUAGAGGAGAGUUUUUCCUCAAUUAAAAGUCUCACAGAAGAAGUGGCGUGUCUGAGACAGGAAGUCAAGCAGGAGGAACAGGGCAGCAGCAUCAAUGUGGUUGCCAUGGAGGAGCUGAAGAAGAAGAGUGAAGCAGCGGAGCAGAGGUCUGCUCACAUCUCCCAACAGAUGGAAGAGCUGCAGCGAGAGAAGAGGCAACUGGAAGAGCAGCUGGCUCUCAGCAACAGCAGCUGUGUGGUGCUCAGGCAGGAGUUGGAAAAUCAGAGAGCAGAAUUGAGCCAGCAACUGCAGAAUCUGAGGGCAGAACUAGAGUCAGAGGGUGGAGCUCUGCAGUACAGACUGGAGGAUGAGGUGGCAGGACUGCAGCGAGUCAUGCUGGAGAAGGAGCAACUACUGGAGGAUAGCCGACAGCAAGCAGAGACUCUGAGGCGAGAGCUGCAGUGUCUGAAGGAGAAACUGCACAGGAGGGUUGAAGAGGAGGAGAAGGAGAAUCAGAGUGGGAGGAGGCAAGGGAGUAGGAGAAAGGCGCAGAGGGAGAAUCUGCACAGAGAUGCUCAGGAUGUCUGUGCUUCUCCUUUGCGGUCCACCAUGGCUGACAGGAAGAAGCUCUCCAAGACAGUGAAGAGGAAAAGGAAAAGCAGUGAGAUAGAGGGUUUGGUGUUCAGUGAAAACAAGAGGAACAGAGUUAAAGAGAAAGCUUGCAGCAACAAACUAGACGAUGGUAUGCUGCAGAAGAUUGAAGAACUGAUCCAGAACUCUCCAUCCAUUCUCCACAGCAAAGGUGAAGUAGUGAUUCUUGGACAUGAGCACCAGUUUCCUGUCCCUGGAGGUGAUCCUGCCUCGUUCAUGGAGGCCGUCACUACGGCAACUAGACCACGGCGAGGACGAAAGAAGCUGUUUAAGCUGGAUGUCUCAUCUCCGCUGCUGGACUCUCCACACACCAUGCCAGGUGGAAAUGAGGAAGACAAAGAGAGCGAUCACCUGAUCAUCAGAAGACAUCUGCGCUCCAACCGUAGAAAGUGACCUGUGCUGCCAGGUUCUGAUUCUUGGACUUUUUAUGUUUGAUAUGAAAAUUGAUGGUGAUGCAACUAUGCUCAGAACCAGUUAUAGUAAGAAUACCCAAGAAGACAGAUGUCAUUAAAGGUUCUUCAUUCUGGCAUUUUUGAUUACAUCAGAAACACUGUAAUGAGACUUUGUUCAUUGAAAACAGCUGGAUCAAAUGCCAGGAGACAAUCCAGACUGAAGGUGAGUCAGAAGGGUAAAAACAUUAAUCAGCGUGAUGAUGUGAUUGUUUAGUCACCAAAAGAUCAUCUUAAAUCCAGUAGGACCCAAUGCUUCCUCUGUUUUCAUGAGUCAAAAAUAAAUAUGGCUUAAGGUUCUGACACCAUUUAAAAUCUCUUGGAGUAAAAUAUUGAUGUGAUAUGAUCAGCUAAAUCCUCUGACUAACUGCAGGUUGAUUCUCAUUUUGCGUGAAGGAACUUUUGUUAGUGCAGAAUGGAUUUUUUUAAGUAAAAUCCUCAGACACAUCCUAGGUUUUAUUUUGUUGAUGUAAAGAAAGGUGACAGCAGGUUGACCAUGUUUCAGUUGAUACUUUUUGUAAUAAAAUUUUUAUCUCCUUAAA